AUGGCCACGUCCUCCGCGCUGCGCGCGCGCGUCUCCCCCACCGUCUCGACCCGCCGCGCGUCGCCGCCGCCGUCCGCGCGCGUCGCCGCCCCCCGCGCGGCGGCGGCGGCGGUCGCGACGACGACGUCCCCGGUCGUCGCCAGGGCGGCCGCGCUCCUGGGCGACGAUCUCUCCGUCCUCAGCGCCGCGGUCGAGGCCGCGGAGCUCGUGGACGCGCUCACGACGGGCGAGCCGAAGACGGUGUUCGCGCCGUCGGACGCCGCGUUCGCCAAGGCGUGCGAGGAGCUCCAGCUGUCCAAGGAGGAGAUCCUUCAGUUGCCCAACCUCGUAGACAUCCUGACCCAUCACGUCGUCCCCGGCGCCGUCGCCGGCGAGGACCUCGUCGACGGGCAGCUCGCGUCGCUGAACGAAAACUUCCCGCUCACCAUCACCGGCCUGACGUGCAAGGAGCGGCCGCCGUGCGAGUGCUUCAACGUCUCCGGCGCGUGCAUCUCCGAGACGGAUCGCGUCGUCGGCGAUCUCACGAUCCACGUCGUCGACGAGGUGAUCUUCCCGCCGUGGUCCGCGCCCGCGAAGGUGCUGACGCCGCAGCAGGUGCUCGCGUUCGAGGGGUGGGCGCCGGAGGUGAUCAACGGCCGCCUCGCGAUGCUCGGGUUCCUCACCGCGGUCGUCCAGGAGGUAGCCACGGGGCACUCGUUCGCGACGCAGCAGCUCGGCGAAAAUUUCGGCGUCUUCGCCGCGCAGGUCCAGCUGUGGGCGUUCGCGUCGCUCGUGCCGUCGUUCUCGUCGAACGAGGGGUACACCGCGGACCCGUUCACGAUGGAAGGGAGCAAGACGUGGCGGGAGGUGUUCAAGGGGUCGCCGUGGACAGAGGAGGCGAGGAAGAUUUUUUCGCCGCAAGUGGAGCAGCUCAACGGGCGGGCGGCGAUGGUGGGGAUCGUCUCUCUGAUCGCCGUGGAGGCGUUUCGGGGCGGGGAGGCGCUGUUCUAG